CAGACAGAGGGAGAGAGAGUUUAAGCUUACACGCAAAGUCUUCUACUCUCUAGAAUUCCCAACAAAAACACCUCUCUCUCUCUCUCUGGAAUCUCAAACAAUCCCAAGAACAAUGGCGCUUCUUCUCUCUUCUUCCCCAGCCUCUGCUUCAAUCUUUACUACACUCUCAUCCUCAACUAACAAAUCCUUCAAAGCUCUUCCUUUCAUGACGAUCUCCAAUAACAACAACAAAUCAAAGACUUUAAGAUCACCGACGAGGUUAAGAGUGGCGGCUCCUCCGACACAACAACAACAACAACCUUCGACCCCGGAGUUCGAUAAAGUCGAUGAGGAGAUUGGGGAGGAAAGUGGGUUGUCGAAAUUCUCGUGGAGAGAUCACUGGUACCCGGUUUCUCUGGUGGAGGAUUUGGACCCACUUACACCCACUCCAUUUCAGCUUCUGGGUCGUGACUUAGUUUUGUGGAACGACAAGAAUACCGGCCAGUGGGUUGCUUUUGACGACAAGUGCCCACAUAGACUAGCCCCUUUAUCUGAAGGGCGGAUUGAUGAAGGUGGAAACUUGCAGUGUUCGUACCAUGGAUGGUCCUUUGAUGGGUGUGGAUCUUGCGUCAAGAUCCCGCAGGCUGCAACGGAAGGUCCAGAAGCUCGUGCUGUCAAGUCUCCGAGAGCAUGUGCCACGAGGUUCCCCACACUGGUCUCCCAAGGCUUGCUCUUCGUUUGGCCGGAUGAGAAUGGUUGGGAAAGAGCAAGCGCCACCAAGCCUCCCAUGUUGCCCGAUGACUUUGAUAAACCCGAGUUUUCAUCAGUCACAAUUCAGCGUGAUCUCUUCUAUGGCUAUGAUACCCUCAUGGAGAAUGUCUCAGAUCCUUCACAUAUUGAUUUUGCUCAUCACAAGGUUACAGGAAGAAGAGACAGAGCAAAGCCUUUGCCAUUUAAAAUGGAGUCGACCGGCCCUUGGGGCUUCGCCGGAGCUAAUGAUGGGAACCCUCGGAUCAGUGCUAAUUUUGUUGCGCCUUGCUAUUAUACGAACAAGGUAGAGAUUGACACAAAGCUCCCAUUUGUUGGUGAUCAAAAAUGGGUGAUUUGGAUUUGCUCUUUCAAUGUACCUAUGGCUCCGGGAAAGACGCGUUCUAUUGUUUGUAGCGCUCGAAACUUCUUCCAGUUCACAAUGCCAGGUCCCGCCUGGUGGCAGGUGGUUCCGAGAUGGCACGAACACUGGACUUCAAAUAAAGUGUAUGAUGGAGACAUGAUUGUCCUUCAGGGACAAGAGAAGAUCUUUCAUUCAAAAUCAAAGGACGAUUCUACAGAUGUUAACAAGGAAUACACCAAAAUCACCUUCACACCCACCCAAGCUGAUCGUUUUGUUUUGGCAUUUCGGAAUUGGCUGAGACGACAUGGCAAUAGCCAACCCGAAUGGUUUGGCACGAGCAGCCAACAACCUCUACCAUCAACCAUCUUAUCAAAACGUGUGAUGAUGGACAGGUUUGAGCAGCACACUCUCAAGUGCUCAUCAUGUAAAGAAGCCUACACAGCAUUCCAAACAUGGCGAAAGCUGCUAAUCGGCGCAACAGUUGUUUUUUGCGCCUCCGCUGGGAUUCCUUCAGAGAUUCAAUUGCGAGUUGUUUUGGCAGGACUCGCGCUUCUCAGUGCCGGUUCGGCUUACGCUCUGAACGAACUCCAAAAGAAUUUCGUGUUUGUCGAUUAUGUACAUGCGGAAAUUGAGUAGAGAACGAGUGUAGCUGUAGGGCUUUAGCAUAAUAGCAUUUUUACUGUUUAAUUGAGAUCAUGUGAUACUGCAGUUUAGGAGAUAUUUACACGAAUUGUAAAGAAUGUAAGCAAUAAAAUGAACCCAAAAGACGAUAAUAUACAAAAUAUACUACAAGUGUUUGGUUAA